CAGAACCGAAGCUGUAUCAAUUGACAAAAACGAUGUUGUCGACGAUGAGAUCAAAUACUACCAGGGCGGUACAGCGUCGUCUCUUCUCCUCCUCCACCUCUCAAAGAUAUCGGGAUGGAUCUUACCAAGACACAAUCAAGAACCUCAAAAUCGACGAAAACACCCGUAUAGUCUACCAGGGGUUCACCGGAAAACAAGCAACAGUCAAUGCACAGCAAACAAUCGAUUAUGGUACGAAGGUAGUAGGCGGCGUCUCUCCUAACAAGGGUGGAUCAGGCGCAACUCAUCUUGGUCUACCCGUCUUUAAGACCAUUGAGGAAGCAGCACGGGAACUCAAACCACAUGCUACAGCAGUUUUUGUCCCAGCGCUUUCUGCAGCCGGUGCGAUUGAGGCUGCGAUUGAAGCGGAGAUCCCGUUGAUCGUAUCCGUGGCCGAACAUGUCCCUAUCCAUGACAUGCUCCGCAUCAACCAGAUCCUCCGCGCACAAUCUGCAUCACGUCUCGUUGGACCAAACUGUCCUGGUAUCAUCGCUGCCGAAGCCUGUCGUAUCGGGAUCAUGCCACACCUGACCUUCCGCAAGGGCUGUGUGGGUAUCGUCUCGAAAUCUGGAACGUUAUCCUACGAAGCGGUGGGGUCAACAUCCAACGUUGGAUUGGGGCAAUCGAUCACAAUAGGAAUGGGAGGUGAUCCCAUGCCUGGUACAGAUUUCGUCGAUGCGCUGAAGAUGUUCCUCAAAGAUCCCCAGACCAAAGGCAUUAUCGUCAUCGGCGAAAUCGGCGGAGAAGCGGAGUUCGAGGCAGCAGCCUUCCUUGAGGAAAACAACAUCGGACCGAACAAGAAGCCCGUCGUGGGUCUUGUUGCGGGGUUGACGGCGCCGUUUGGGAGGGCUAUGGGACAUGCGGGGGCCGUGAGGUUGCCUUGGGAGAGGAGUGCGGAUGAGAAGAGGAAGGCGCUUGAGAGGGCGGGUGCGAGAAUUGUUGUGCAUCCUGGGGAGACUGGACAGACUAUGAUUGAGUUAUUCAAAGAAGCAGGGAUUGACUGGACGCCCGUGCCCGAGCGUGAGUAUUCUAGCUAGUCUUAUCGAAGAUUGGAAGCUUCUCGCAGUAUACCAAAAGCGAGCUCGUGUGACCUUCUUCGAACUUUAAAAAUCGCUAUCUCUUGCUUUUGCCAGG